GUCGAGAGCUCCAACGGUCAAUCGUUCUACCACAUGCCGCAGAUGCAGGAGUUUGCGAUUAAUUUGCAGCAAGUAAUUCACGAUCUUGAUGCCACGCAGAAUUUCCUCGAAGUGCAGAAGGCGUGCGUCAAGGAGAUUCGAGAGGUACACGUUGUCCCGCUUGUGGACAACAAAUAUACUCACAUCUAUCGCUGCGUUCAGCACGUUGCGCCAUGCCUUGAGUGGGACAUUGCACGAAGCCGAACCAGAGAGACGAGGCUGCAGAUCCUGAGAGAUGCACGGUUGCAGAACGUGGUCGCGAGACUCCGUCAGAAGGGCUGGGAAGAUGAACUCGACAUGAUGGAUUUGGAAGAUUACGGGCCCUUGGUUGAUCAUCCGGGUGUGCACGUCGCACAGGAGCUUACGGACAACGCUUGGUCAAAGAUAAGUGCCAGCUUGGAUGCGCUCAUGCAAGAGUACAGGAUGCAUGAUUACCAAAAGGUACUCACGGCGCGCCUGACUGAUCUGUCUGUCCUUCUCAACGAGAUCUACGCCGAGCCUUGGCGCACGCGCGUAACCGAGUUCAAGCCCCAUUUUGUCGAUAUUGCCACAAUGGCCGGUGUACAGCAGAUCAUAAGAAGUAGCCUCUCGGAAGAUCUGGAGGUCGAGGACGAGCAGGAAUUCCGUGCUCUCCUCCCCAGUCUUACCGCCCAUUGGCAAGCCAGUGUCGCAGCCUCCCUCAGACCCAUGCUAAAACCGUUUGUCGUGUCCAAACCCGGGAUUGAUAUGCUCAACCUGGCCAUCGCAUACUUCGACUGCACCAAUUGUUGUAGCAUGAUCGCUUACCCAGAUGUCCUCGCACAUGGCUGCAUACGUAGAGAACAUGAUGUGCGGCCCCGCGACACGGACGAAGCCCAGAAUACAAUGUCCGUGUAUGAGCAAAUAGCAGUGAACGUUGCCAAGUCCCAGAAAUGGAGCAGUGACAUCCUCCGUGCCCCGCCGGCAUCCCAGAUGCAGUUCAUACGCUCGCUGGUGAACCGCUGUGGCCUCGAUCCUGACCGCGCAACGCGGGCUGACAUGGACGCGCUGGACGUCAGCGUAUAUCGUGUCACAAGUAGCCUCAAGUUCACCAGCACCUGGCAUCGGGCAAUUCAGAACGAGUGGGACCUGUUCCGCUUCAGUUAUGUGACAGAGCUAGACGACGUCUCAGCCUAUACGUCGGACGAGACAACGGCGAGGCUCAAGGCAGAGCAAGAGGAGCGUAUAAAGCAGGCUAGCUACGCAUUUUGGUGCUGCUCGAUGUGUACCGAGCCCGCCGGGCGCCGUCAGAAUUGGGAGGACAUGCGGAAGCAUAUAAUAGAGCAGUGGGUGCCUUCACCUACGUGGUGCAGGGAUAUACCGUUACUCACACCUGCGAACCUAGGCAUGAAAUCGAGGAACCGGACGCUCAGGAUCAUUAUAUGUACUGCCAUCCUGACGCCUGGUAAUAUGGAGGUAGCGAGUUAUGCGCAGCACAAAGGUAGGUGA